AUGGAGUACGACUGUGAAGUUGUCCAGCUUUCGUCGCUUUUUGGCGUUUUGGAAACCUGCCUUUCCAAAUGCAGGCAUGCUCUGCAAGACGAGGAGCUCGUGGAGCACUACGAGAACCUUUACCAGAGCAACCUGUUCCAGUACAACAAAAUACUGAACACACUACAGCGUUCCGUGGAAGAGACGCAAACCAAGGCCGAGAGCAUCAACGCUGCCAUCGUUAACGAUGAGGGCAUCAAGAAUGGGAUGCACCUCGAGCUUGACACACUGCUGUCGAAGUGCGAGUCGUCUGAACAUCGCAUUUUAGAACUAGCAGAAGACCGUAAGGGAGCGCAAGAUCUGAGUGAUGAGCUCUCAAACCAGGAUGAGAAGCUAGCACAGUCGUUAGAACAAACGGCAAGCGAUUUAAAAUCGACGGAGUCUCAGACUGUACUUGCUUAUUACGCCUUACUCAAGGUGAAAGAAGAUUCGAGUAAUAUCGAAGACCGCAUAAGCGCUGCCGAGAGGGACACCAUGAAAAUGAAGGCCACCCUCUGUUCCCGGCAGAACACCUACCGUAUGAUGCUGGCCGACCUUGACGACCAUCUGCAUAUCCACAAAUUGGAGCUGAACCGUAUCGCAUGCAUCCACGGUGAACUCGAUGGUCAACGAGCCGCUGCAGAAGCGGAGCACAAAUCCCUGUUGAUAAAGGCAUGUGAAACAAAGAGCCUCAUUGCAGACCUGAUCGAUGCCAAAAGUAGAGACGAAGCCGAGCUCGCAUCACUUGAUGGGGAAAUCAAUGAUCUUGCGACAAACAUAACAGCGCUCCGGAAGGAUGUUGCGCAUCUGGAAAACGAGAUCGCUGAAAGAGCCACCCAGCUAGAGGAGGCCACUGCUUCUAAGGAACGAAUGAGUGCUACAAAAGCCGAAUUGUCGGGCAGGGUAUCCGAGGUUGAGGCUGACGUGCAAGCGCUUCAGAGCAACAACGAAGAAUUGCAAUCGGCCAUCUCAGACCACAAUCCCCGUAUCCAGGAGUUGGAGCAUACGCUGCAUGCCCAAAUGGAAGAUAUGCAAUUGCGUAAAAGUGAACUGGCCGAUCAUUUGUCCGCCUGCAAUAUUCUACGGAUGAAAGCGGCAGAGAUUGUCAUAAACUUUAGCAUUACAUCAAAAGAGUUGCUGGACAGGGCGGAAGGUCUGUUCCCACCUGGCUGGCACAAUUAUGGCAAAAGCGUGGGAUACGGCGGGCUUAAGCAGCUGGUGGGAAACUCAAUGUGCUGUCAACAUAUAUGUAACCAGAUGAAAUCGUUGCUCCGAAAAAGGUCUCACCUCGAAUCUCAACGUCAUGAAGUGGCGAAUGGGACAAAGGAAGUUAAUCAGGAGUUGCAGCGGAAAAUGCGCGAUAAUGAGCAACUUACAAAGGAUCUGGAUGACGCCCAGAAAUUAUGUGCCAAGAUGAAUGAGGACAUCGCACGGCUCAAGGAAGAGGUCGAUCAGGUGACUUGCAAGGAGGACGGCCGAGAACAGAUGCGCUUGGACCUGCGGAAAGAGCAUGAAUACAUAAAGAAAACGAUUGAAGAGCUGAAAGUCCAAGAGGAACAGAACAAAGUGGAAUACAACAGACAAAUAGAAGACCAGAUAGAGGCACAGAAAGCCAGGCUGAAACAGCUGAAGAGCGACGACUGUCCUGAACUUCUGGAGAUAAUAGAAGAGGAGCGCCGCAACAGCGCCAUCUUACUCACUGCUGCGCUCGAGGCUUUGGAUCUGGAGCACACUAAAGAGCAAUCGAAGUUGGAGGCAAAACACAGCGCAAUGGUUGGAAUUGGUACCUAUUGUCCUAACAGUGUAUGCAAGGCGCAAGAAGAGAAGGAAAAGUUUGAUGCAAUCAGGAAGGUGAACGCCAGCGAGAUCGCGCGACUAAGAGCCACAAUAGAAGAAAAGAAGGUAAAACCCAAGGCGCAUGUUGACCACUCCGUCACACCACCUACCCCCAAAACUCCAAUCUCCCGGCAGACGAUGCUACCUCCCGAUGCAACGAAAAUACCUCAGCCGAAGGAUGCAAGUGUGCAUUUCAAGGUGAGCAACAACCAAGCAACGCCUGAAUUGCAGCAGACGCCCACCCUGAUCUCCACCCCAGGCAGCGCCAAGGAUAGCCGAGUUCCCCUCCUGGAUAUUGUAAAGAAGGAACCGCGGAGGAAGUGUAUCCGCCGCGUGCCGGCCGCUAAUGGCAACGGCGACGAACCCAAGGCUGAGCUGGAUUUAUUUUGCUAA